GUGGUUUAUCCUUGUAAUCCUUUUCCUUUAAUCUGUGCUACGUUUUUACCUGAUGCGUCGCUGUCCAAAUCUCCGGACUCAGUAGGUUAUGGUGUGUUCUGCUCAAACCCAUUGAUAAAGAUGUCAGCCCGUUUACCAGAUCACUGGUCUAUAUUUACUGCAGAAAUGUAUGCCGUGGGAACUGCUGUUCAAAUGAUUCGGCAGCAUAAUAUCUCCAGAGCGUUGAUAGUGUCGGAUUCCUUGAGUGUGCUGGAAGCGCUCAAAUCAGCUAAUUUUAGUUCCAGUACGGAUUGCAUCACGAUAAGAACCUUCAAACUCCUUCAUCAGGCCAGGAAGGCCGGUGUUGCGGUCAGGUGCCUCUGGGUUCCUAGCCACUCCUAUAUACAUGGUAAUGAUAUCGCUGAUAUGUUGGCCAAUCAAGGCAGAUAUAAGGUUGGUCCUCCUAUCAUCCCGGGUGGACCUAGAGAACUGUGGCCAGAAUUCCGUAGGGAACUAAAAAACACCUGGAUUAACGAUUUUUAUCAGAUCUGUGCCCUGAAAGGGCGUGUCUAUGCGUUAUAUGCCUCUCGCAACACCUUUUUGGAUGAUCCCUGGUUUUCGAAAAUCAACCGGCCACGCCGUUUCUUCACGGUCGUUCUACGUUUGAGAUCCGGUCAUUGCCUUACGCCAUCUUACCUUCAUAGAAUAGGACUGAAAGAGUCAAACUUAUGUGAUUGUGGUGAGUUGACCUAACCUGGGAUUGGAACUCCAAGACUCCUGAUGCCCCAGGACCCAGGAAUUAGGAAUAAGAAGCAAUACUACAACACAGAGAUUG